AUGACGACAUCUAACAAAGAAUUCUUUUUCAGCGUUUUACGCAUAUCAAUGCUGCAGUUACUUAAGAGUCAGGGUUUUGACAAGGCUCCCCCAACGAUUGUAAACGCUUUCACGGACUUGUAUGUGCGUUUUUUGCAGCUCUUGACCCUCGAAGUAAUGAAGCUGUCGCAGAGCAGAAUGGACGAAUAUGAAGAUAUUGCCCUACAGGAUCUGUCCCAGGCCUUAGUGAAUGUAGGACUACUGAAGCCAAUGAAUGUGCUUGAUGUUUAUGAUGAAAAUCCUGAACUGCUGAGCGAUCUCGGAAUGCAAAGAUUCAAAAAUUGGUGUCUUCAUAGCGCUAUGCCCAGUGAAGCCCGUGCCGUGGCAACUCCUACGCCAGACUUGCUACGUCCCAGAGAAGGCACUUCAAAGCCAUUAUCGAUGAUCCCAGAGUACAUCAACCAACUGGACAAAACUACCCGUAAAAGUCAGCCUGCAAACGAUCUUCGAAAAGAGGAACUUGUAGAACAAAUGAUGAAAAGCGGAGAUUUGGAUAAUUGGAUCCACUUUUUGAUUCGCGACCAACAACUACAAAUAGCCAAGAAGAUCUCAGCUAAAGAAGUGAAAGAUGUUAAAGCCCUGCCGUCUAUACCCGGUCUCAAGUUCUCCACAUUAGUUCCCAACCCUGUCCAGGAUAGUAACGAGAUCGUACCCUCGCAACCUCAGGGUGAUGAUACAGACGAUAAAUCAGUGAAGGAAAAAGCGUUGCUUUCAAAAAUGAUCGCAAAUCAACAGGAUACCAGGCUGGAGAACAUACGGUUGUCGUUUGAUGAUGAAACACUAUCAGGCUGUGAGGGCGACGUUGAUAUCAGCGACGUUGGCUUCGUUGAUGAAGAAGUAAACCAAGAUAUUGAUAGUUUCGAAAGACUGGAGUUACAAAUGCCUUUGGAUAUUCAUACAAAUUCCAAUGCUCAACUUGAAGAAACGGGCAACUCCGCUGACACUUUUCCACGGAAAGACUACAUGGAUCUUGACGACGUUUUCGACAAUCAUGAGUUUGAUUUUAAUAACUACUAA